AUGUGAUCAUAUUCUUGCAGGUGUUGCAGAGGCAUGGACUGCAACUGUGUCAGUGAUCUGCUGCUGCCCCCGGUGCCCACCCUUUGGACGCCAGGUCAGUUCAUCAAACCAUCUUCACUGUGCAAUGGGUUCGCUUUUCCAGACUGGGCCUACAAGCCAGAGUCCAGCCCAGGGUCUAGACAGAUCCAGUUGUGGCACUUCAUUUUGGAGUUGCUGCAGAAGGAGGAGUACCAAGGCGUGAUAGCGUGGCAGGGCGACUAUGGCGAGUUCGUCAUCAAAGACCCCGAUGAGGUGGCCCGGCUGUGGGGGAUCAGGAAGUGCAAGCCACACAUGAACUAUGACAAGCUGAGCAGAGCACUGAGGUAUUACUACAACAAGCGCAUUUUGCACAAGACCAAAGGGAAACGAUUCACGUACAAGUUCAACUUCAGUAAAGUGGUUUUAGUCAACUACCCCAUUCUGGACAUGGCCAAUUCCCCAUUUUUUCUGGCCCAGAAUCACUUCAACGGAGGCUCCACAGCGCCGGAUUGUAGUCCAGAGGCUAUACAGUCGCUGUUUCCACGUUUGCCAGACUCCAGCAGAGCCACUUCCUUGUUUGAUCGUGGCACCGCUGCACCAGGGCCCGAGGGAGACAAGCUCAGGCUGGACUCGUUACCUUUUCUUGGUUCAGGUGCCCCGUGCUACUCCAAACCCCCAUCCCUGCUGGGUCCCUACCCGCGCAGCCCACCCUUCGACUAUCCAUGGGGAUUCAACCCCUACCUCCCAGGGGCCUUCUCUCUCAACAACUGCCCCAAACUGCCCCCUGGCUCCUUGUACCCCUCUCAGUUUUACCCCAAUCCUUUACAGAGCAGCCUCUCCCAGCUGCCUAACCCUUUCUCCUCGUUGCUGCCCCCGGGGGAGGCAGGCGGUGGGGGGGAUAGGGGCCAAACGGGUGGGACAAACGGCACGGCGGGUGGUCAGCCCCCCAGACUGUGCCUCCCACCCUAUCCGGGGAGCCUGCCUUUGGGACGCUCGGAUAUUGGAAAUGGGACAGCACUGGGGGAGAGGGACAGGGUAGAGCCCACUACUCCAAUCCUCGGAUUGGGACUUGGGGCGGUGGGUGUCGGGACAGGGAGCGACCGGCAGAGUCCCACAGAGCGGAGGAGUGGAGGAGGAGGGGUGAAAGCAGACCCCGAAUCAGACUCUGAUCUGGAGAUAACGGAUCUAAGCGACUGCAGUUCAGAGAACGAAAAUGAUGAGUUCAGCAUGGGUAAAAGUUUGAAUCGAGACAGGCCCCAGAUCGUUUUGGACGGGAAGAAGGCCAGCGUUCUGCCUCCUAUCUCCUCUCUACCACCGGUGCCAGUGUCCCCCCACCCUCUGAAGAGCCUGAUGCCCAUCACCCCUCCGCCCCCCUCCCUGCCACCCUCACUCUCCCCCUCUUUGGCUCUACACGACAGGCAGACGGACACUCUCAAAAUGAUACACAGCUAA